AUGGUUAGAAAGCGACGACUUCGUUCGGAUGCAGCAAAUAACUCAGUGUUCCUCCCCAUGGAACUCAUCAUUGAAAUCCUAUCUCUGCUUAGCGUAAAAGACAUCGUGCGAUUCAAAUGUGUGAGCAAAUCAUGGAACAAUCUCACAUCCGAUUCAAACUUUGUCGAUAAACAUCUUAAGGCAUCAUCACGAAACCCACACCUCACUUUAAGUUGGCAUGAAAACAAUGCGGAAUUAACGAAGAAUGUGGUACCCGUUUCCGUGCACCGUUUACUAAAAAAGCAAUCCGCCACAGUUUCCAGCGACGAUUUCCAUCGUAUGGAGAACCCUUCCAGGUUCGUUGGUUCAUGUAACGGAUUGUUCUGUUUUCUUUCUUGGAUACCUUUAGCACAACCUUUCAAGUAUUUCUUCCAUAUAACAAACCCUGCCACCAGAACAAGAUCUGAACAAAUUGAGUUCACAUUUGGCGAGGAUUUUCAUUUCACAUUUGGUUAUGAUGCUUCAAACACAACUUAUAAGGUCGUAGCUUUUCGAGCUAAAGAAAUUAGCAACGAGGUUAAAGUUUUCAAUCUAGGUGGUAAUAAUUGCUGGAGAAAUAUUCAGAAUUUCCCUGUGGUUCCAUAUAUUAGGUUUGAUCACUAUUAUAUUAUCCCCAGCCUUAAUAAUGGUGCGCAUCUCUAUGGCACCAUUAAUUGGUUGGCUCUGGACAAGUCUAUCACUCCUAUUCACCAAUUUGUGAUUGUUUCGCUGGACCUUUCCACCGAAAAAUACAAACAGUUUCUGCUGCCUCUUGGUUUUGAUCAUGCGCCAUUUUCUCAGCCGGUUCUUAGGGUUCUAAUGGACUGUCUUUGUUUUUUUCAUGGUUUCAACCUAACUGAAUUUAUUUUAUGGAAGAUGAAGGAGUAUGGAGUUCAAGACUCUUGGACUCGAUUAUUCAAGAUCAGUUACCAAAACCUUGCAAUGCAACUUCCAAUUCGCCUUCGAGUGAAGACCUAUUGCUUACAUUAUCCAUUGGCGUGCCUAUAUGUAAAUGGUGAUACAGUAAUUUUUGCAUGUGAAUGUUGCAAAAAAUCACUUAUCUAUAAUUUAAAAGAUAAAACAGUAGUUAAAAUUAAAAGUAGAAAUACCAUAUACUGGUUCAUUGAUUCAAAGGAUUACGUAGAAAGUCUGGUUUCUGUUCAUUGA